AUCCUUUUGGUUUUUUCCUUUUUUUUCUUUUCUUUUUUUUCGCAUCGCCCUUCAUCCUACCGUAAGUAAAUACAUAUACAUAUAUACACGCGUGCACGAGAGUAUGGCAUCUAGGGUAUAUUGAUGGAAUGUGUAUUUCUGAUUAGACACAAAACAAACUAGGUGCUAUAUAGUAUGUGUGUAUGCCAUACAACAACAAUAAUCGUAGAGUAAACAGCCAACUUGCUACUACAAAUGCUCGUACAGUGUCUUAUGGUCAAGGUGGAUUGAAUGAACGGUAAGCUCAACCAUGGCCACAGACUAUGGAUGUCUCAUCAAGUUUCAACAGCUUUAGUCAAUUGGCUCAAAAGACGCCUCAAAGAACUAUCACGAAUAUCAACAACAACAAUAGUAAAGGCCAAGGAGCUGCGUCUGGUAGUGUCUUUAGUCGUCUUCGUGGUGCUAAAGUAAACCGUACCAACAAUAAUAUCCAAAACCGUCUUGGUAAGACAGUAGGUGGUGGUAUCAACAAAAAGAAGGCAAACGUUGAGCAAAAGAAAUCGCGUGUUCAAGUCACGAAUAAAAAGCAACCAGCAAAGAAACAGAUGCCAAAGACGCAAAAGAAAAAGAAGCCAGUUACAGCUGAAGAUUUAGAUAGAGCUAUGGAUUCUUAUAUGAUGAAGGACCCCAAGACUGCACAGGCUAAACUUGACGCUGAAUUAACUUCUUAUAUGGAUGAAGCAGGUGAUAUUUUAAUGGAAGACAAUUUAUAAUCCAUGGCUUUAUCACUCUAUUUUUUUUUUUUUAUCUUCUAUUUAUUACCAUUCUUAAAAAUAAUAAAAAGCAACAAC